AACAUCAUCUUCGAGCAAUGUCCAGCUUCGACAAGACAGUCAAGUUAGCUUGCAAACCAAAGGCGGCUCCUCCAAAGGCAAAGUACCUGGAUCCCAUAAUUGCUGCUACUUGGUCAGAAGAUGGUGCUGUUCAUGACGUUUGCAAAGCGCUUGUUCCUCGCCUUCGCGAACCUAAUGCAAUCGUUGUAUUCAAGGCACUAAUCGUGCUCCAUACCAUGAUUCGCAAUGGAGCAACAGACAACGUCUUAUCUCAUCUAUCUUCUUCGGAAAUCCUUCGUCUGCGAAAUGUUUCUGCCGGUAACUGGGAAGGAUACAACGCUCCCCAGAAUCUCCAGCACUACGCUAUUUAUUUGGACUCCCGCAUACGUGCAUAUCGUGAUUUGAAGCAUGAUGCAAUCCGUGUCCAGGCAGAGUCAAAUCGUGACAUGCGCGUCAAUAACUCCAUUGAAGAGGAUAUGGCGUACUCUAGUGCUCCGGCCCCAAAGUCAGCAUCCACCAAGUCCAAGGCGCCUCAAAGGAGUAAAACAAUCAUGGGAAGGAAAUUGCGCGUCAUGACAGUGGACAAGGGCCUACUCCGGGAGACUAAGACUGUGCAAACAAUGAUUGACACCCUGGUAGAGUGCAGGUUCUAUCUCGAUGAUCUAGAAGACGAAUUAACUAUAACUGCGCUCCGCAUGCUCGUCAAGGAUUUGCUCAUUCUUUUUCAGGCCGGCAAUGAAGGCGUCAUCAAUGUAUUAGAACACUAUUUCGAGAUGUCAAAGAUUGACGCGGAGCAGGCACUCUCGAUAUAUCGACAUUUCUGCACUCAGACAGAGCGAGUGGUGGAGUACUUGAGCGUCGCAAAAAAAUUGCAGAAUCUACUCAACGUUCCUAUUCCAACUUUGAAGCAUGCCCCUGUAUCGUUGGCGGGUGCACUCCAAGAAUACUUGAACGACCCCAAUUUUGAGCAGAACAGGAUUGAGUACAGGACAAAUAAGGAAGCUGUCGACAGAAAUGGGAAAAGUCGUAGUGGGGCUCUAUCUUCGGCGCCUAAAGCCUCAUCGUCGCAAGCAACCUCCACUGCAUCCACAUCCACCCCAUCAAAUGGCUCAUCCACUCAAACUUCCACUUCCGCACCCAAGCUUGAAGCUACUCAGGCUAUGGCAGACUUCUUUGCUUCUGUGGAGGAAGAUCAACCUACCGUGUUCAAUCCUCCGACUAGCAGCCCGACGUCCAACCACUUCCGUCAACAGCCAGUGUCCAAUCCUUUCGUUCAGCGACAAAUGACAGGUGCUUUCCAAGGUCAACCUUUCGGUUUUCCUGGUCAAAUUCAGCCGCAGGCCACUGCCUUCCCUCAGUCCUUCCAGUCAGUUCAGCCCAACGCCUUCAGUCAGCAACCGCCAUCCACUCAACACCAACAUCGACCUUUUUCCACCUUCUUGCAACCACAACCUACUGGAUUUAUAAUGCCGCAAGGCACAGGUUUCUUGCAGCCGCAAGCUACCGGCGCAAACCCAUUUAGACAGAGCAUGGUGAUGAUGCAGGGGACUAGUACACCGGCUUUCAACUUUGGGGUAACGAAUGCCUUCUUGCCCCAAUUGCAACCUGUUGGACAAACCAACGCACCAUUCCAGCCAGCUUCCCAGCCUCAGCCGUCAUGGUCUUCGAACGGAUUUGUAAUGCAAACGCCUUCCACAAGUACACAGUUUGGACAGGUCAAUGGGGCGCGCACAUCAUUUGACGUCCCUACUCGACCUGCUUCGACUCCCCUCACAACUUUCGGCACAACACAGGUAUCGUCGACCUCGCCACCAGUAGCACAACCUGUCAAAUCUCAUCAGACUGGUUCGCGCAAUCCGUUUGGAGUGCCAACUACGCCAGCCCCGCCAGUGCCAAAGCCACCAACACUGAUGGAGUUGGCCAUGGCUGGCGGAAGCUCGAAUAAUGCUCCACCUACCGAUUUUGCACCGCCUCAGGCUCCACAGCCACAACAGAUGGGCUUUUUUGGACCACCAGGGGCUUCUGGUGGGGAGUCAUCGAUAUCGAGUGUUGCCUCGUCCUUUGCAUUCGGCCGAAAACCAGAGGACAGAAAAUUCAGCCCUAGCAGUUCUGGAAUACUCAGCCCACAGACCACCACGACUGCAUCAGAUUCUUUGUUUUCUUCUUUCUCUCCACUGUCUACGCAACCUACAGGAGCCACCAUAACCUCUAACACUCCUUCCAUGUCACUUUCAGGUGACCAGCUAAAACCCCAAAUGACCGGCUUUAGUGGCAUCAAGCCAUUUAAACCCACAUCAUCCUUUGGCGCUUCCUUGUUAGAAUCACUACCUCCAAUACCACAAUCCGGUCCCACUACUCCUAGUGUCACUGGUACACCCGGUAGUUUGUCUUCUCCGCCAGCCUUGAGCGGGACAACUUCUGCUUUUGGCGCUGGUGUUUCGAGCAUCGGACAGCAGCCGACUGGUGUUGGUGCUCUUAGUUCACAGCCAGAUAUAAGAUCCACGCUUGGGGUAGGUCUUAGACCCCAGGCAACCGGUGGAGCCAACCCUUUCAGGGCUACGAUGUAUGCUACAUCUUCGCCCAAUGCCGGAGGUGGAUCUGUGCUGCCCACUAUGAGCUCGCUGCCACAGUUCAGCGGAACCAAUGGAUCCUCAUCCUUUGCAUCCAGUUACGGAAGGAGCCCUUUUGGAUACCCUGGAGCCCAGGAUCCCUCGCAACAGCCUUUCCAACAGCAAACCGGGACCGCAUCGCUUAUUUAGUCCUGACCUAUCCUAUCCACGCAUCUAUUCCUUUUCAAUUUUGUCUCUUAUUGCUAUCUCUCGCUCAAGUUCCCACUAUCGUUUACGCUCGGAUAUCACGUUACCUGGACCUCCCAUUCAUUUCUUCUUUACCUGUCUCCUGUAUAAUCUAGUAGUCGAGCUUGUGGAAGCGUCUUGAAUACCAAUUUUUACUUUUCA